GCCCAGGCACUCAGUCGGUGAGAGGCAGGCGGACUGUGUGCCACCACCGUGAACACUGCAGAACUUAACUUCCACUUUUAAACACAGAAAUCUAAGCACCAUGGAGCACAUCUACGAAAGCGUCGUUCAGGAAAUUCAGAACGUUGUUCACCGUGGUGAAGCCGACAGCCCCGAUCAAGAUCCCAGGUAUGAGAACACAGGUGAGGGAAUGGAUCAUGUGUACAGCGAGGUGCAGGUCCACACCCUAGCAGGGAGAGAGCGUGGCUCCCCAGACUACAUGGAGAUCAGGGACGGUGAUAAAGACAGCUCCUCGUCCUCAUCCUCGUCCUCCGGCGACGACGAGGAGGCCAGGGCAGGGUCUCCGACGGAUGAGCAACAAGUUGCAGUUACAAUGGAGCUGCCGCCGGAGGUUGAAGAGGUGAACGGUGGGUCGCACAACAGCUCCAGGCGCUCAUCAUCCACCUCUCACUCUUCCUCCUCCUCCUACCACGGAGACCCCUGCGACGACCCUCCGAACCAAAGCAAGGUCCAGGAUGAGGAUAAUGCAGAAGACGGGUUGUUAAUGUCUUACACUCAUCCUAACACCAUCCCGGAGAAGAAUGAAUCUGUGGACUACAGCCUUAAAACGCUGGAGAACGUCACUCUGGAUGACAGCAGCAGGGCCCCGGCUGACCCCAACGAGACCAAAGUGAUCCUCUUUGUCAAGGCAGGAAGUGAUGGAGAAAGCAUUGGCAACUGUCCUUUUUCCCAUCGUCUCUUCAUGAUCCUCUGGCUCAAAGGAGUGGUGUUCAACGUCACAACUGUUGACCUCAAGAGAAAGCCAGAAGAUCUGCAGAAGCUGGCUCCUGGGACGCACCCUCCUUUCAUAACCUUCGACGGGGACGUCAGGACCGACGUCAACAAGAUUGAGGAGUUUCUUGAGGAAGUGCUCUGCCCUCCAAAGUAUCCCAAACUGGCUGCCAGGCACAGGGAGUCCAAUACAGCUGGAAAUGACAUCUUUGCCAAGUUCUCAGCCUUCAUCAAGAACACCAAACCUGAGGCCAAUGCUGCUUUGGAGAAAGGUUUAACUAAGGCCCUGAAGAAGCUUGAUGAUUAUCUCACAAGCCCCUUGCCUGAGGAGAUUGAUGCAAAUAGUAUGGAGGAAGAAAAGACCUCCAACCGGAUGUUCCUGGAUGGGAAUGAGCUCACUCUGGCAGACUGUAACCUGCUGCCCAAACUGCACAUAGUCAAGAUUGUUGCUAAGAGUUACCGCAACUAUGACAUCCCGUCAGAAAUGACAGGCGUGUGGCGGUAUUUGCAAAACGCAGCCGCACGUGAAGAGUUCAUCGGCACCUGCGCCACCGAGGCUGAGAUCGAGAGCGCCUACAAAGACGUGGUGAAGAGACUGGCCAAAUAACUCACCAACCCAACUGACCUCUAACACAAUAAACUAGCAACACACAACACCCAUAAACAAACAGAAAAUUACACUUUUCAGCACAUCCUGAGAUUCUGCCGAAACAUAAGAUCUUUGUCUUUUACAGCGCCAGAUGUGACGAAUUGCAAUAAUUCAGCACUCUCUCUACGUAGAUGGUAUUUCAAUCAUAUCAGCAGACAUGGCAAAACAGAAGUGGAGCAGUAACGUCUCAAGGCCAGCUUGAGACGUUACUGCUGUGAAUCGUCUGACAAAGUUCUUUUUACUUAAACAUGAUUGUGUCUGUUCGUUUACGUUCCUCAUAAGACAAAGCCCCCUUUCAUACAAACUCCACCACACGGCCAAAACAUUUUACUAGCUGCUGAUGUCAAGGUUGUCCGCUUUAUUUAUUCCCAAGGCCACAGAAGUCUAGCCUGACUCCUGUGUUUAUUAUCGAGCUCCAGCUCCUGGGGAGACACCUUGUUUCAUCUGUGAUGGAUGAUUAACACCCAAAGCUUUCUGAACACGACAGCUCCACUUCGCAGUUUCGAUCGUCCGUCAUUUCUUUUGAGUGUUGCUACCAUAAUUUUUGGGGUUUGUUUUUUCUUUAGCUUAUGCGUGUCUUGAGAUUCACUCCUACUCUCGAAAGUUUUAAUGAUUUUUUACAAUUCUUUCCCAGAAAAGAAAUUAACAAACUCUCGCCAGUGAGGGCUUUUAGAGAACAAAGUUUCAGUUGGAAUCACUUUGAUGCAGUAAUCUGUCGUAUCCAAAUCUAAUGCAAAACAUGUUAAAAUAUGAGAACUGCUAACCUUUGUGCCUUUGUUGAAAAAGAAUCAGAAACACAUGCCAAUGUCAGUGAUGGACUCACUGAGAUAAAUGCAUUGCAGCAGGAAGUUGCAGCUUGUAAUUUUUCCCUUUAUUUGUCAGAAUCCCAUUCAAGUAUUGAUUUUGUCUCAAGUUACGUCAUGAUAUUAUAAAUGAGGAGACUAUUUAUUUAGCAGUCCAAUCAGGUCUGAUUAGGUAGAGCCAUUAGUGGUGUGAUGAAAACCACCUUCCAGACCAGUUUCAUACAGGUCAGAAGCCCUGCCCUGCAGCCCCAUACUCUGAUGAGUCCAUCAACAUCCCCAUCUUCUAAGUUCAGGUUUAUGAGUUUCAGUGUCCACAUAAAGGAGAAUGGAAACUUGUCUUGGGCUUGCUGUUUUUGGCUUGCUGUAAGGUUGCAACUAUAGCAAGACUUCCUCGAAGAGCCAUAAGGCUUUUGUAUGGUUUGGACAAACAUAUGAUAUGAAAUCGGAUCUUGAUGACUGAGAGGGUUGCUCACAGCGCAGCUCUGCAAAUAAAAUAAUAUUUUGACA